AUCCCCUGCUCUGAGCAUCAAGACUGAGUCCAUCCAUCACCAUGGCCAGAUACAGAUGUUGCCGCAGCCAUAGCCGGAGCAGGUGCCGCCCCCGAAGACGAAGAUGUCGCAGACGAAGGAGGCGAUGUUGUCCGAGGCGGAGGAGAGCGGUGUGCUGCCGCCGCUACACCGUUAUAAGGUGUAGAAGAUGCUAAACAUGCAGUAGCAAGACCACCGCACUCCUGCCUGAAAUAGUACCAGCCUUCAAGACCCUCUCGCCGCAUCUUGAACAUGCCACCGUUCCAAUGAAGUGAACAGGAGCCUGCUAACGAACAACGCCGCCUGUCAAUAAAUGUUGA